ACUUCGCAUAAAAUUUCAGCAUUUAUAGAGCAUGCCGUGCGUGCAUUAACUAAUUUUUUCGACGUUCUCGUGUCAAACAGAAAAGAGGCGUGUCUGCGCACGUGGGCAAUUGUACGCCGAACUCUUAUAUGGCCGCGUAUCAUAUUUACAUCAACUUGAGGAUCCAGAAAGACAGACAAACGAAUAUAGUUUCUUGCCUAUAAAAAAAUUUCAAUUGAUGGAACCUUGGGCUUUUAUAUUAAGUGCGGUGUUGCAUAUAUAAAAAAUUUUACUUAAAUCAUCUGUGUCUAAAACUACAUUUGGUUCUCUCCGUUUCAACUAAUUAUUUUCGAAAACUGUUUGGGGCUGUCUUAAAUAUUAACUUGAAAUGGAUUGACUUUUCGAUGGUAACGACGGUGGCAUCGAUAAUUGUUUUGAUAUGGUUUCGGAUCUAGCGACUGGAAAAAUUUUCUGAAGCAACAACUAAAGUAACUAAAACAAAAUAACCGGUAAAAAAACCGAAACAAUUCAUAUUGGUUCUAAAUGAAUAAUAGGCAGAUUCUAGAUCUAACCUUACGUUUAUCGCAAGCACUAGAUCAAAAUUAUGAUGUUGUUAAUAUGGACGCUGUUCUAUCUGUUAUCACAACGCUUGAAAGCACGACAGUUACAAAAGCACAUUUGGAGACCACCCGAUUGGCGAAGUACAUUAAUCAGUUGAGACGGCGUACAAAGUGUGAACAUUUGGCUCGACGGGCCAAGUCGCUCCUGAAAAGGUGGCGUGAAAUGGUUGGCAUGCAACAAACCCAUCAAAAUGAAGCAACGUUAACUACGACCUUACAUGUAAACAAUACUCCUCUCAUAUCGGGCCUUUCUAUGUCUAACUUUGGAGCGGAGCCAUCGCAACCACCGUCGCAAGCAACUCAGAUGCGUUUUCAAUCUGAUUCUGCUAACUAUAGCCUGCAAUCCAAUCAAAGUUACCCACAGUCCCAGCGACCAUUGCAAUUUCACUCUCAAACUGAACGGAAUUUACCAAAUGAUUUCAUUUACUCUAGAAAUAUUGAAGCCAAUAGCGAUUUUCUGCCUAACACUACAUCGAACUCUGCUCCAAUUUCAUCCUUGACCAAAAGUGCUAAUCUAAGCAGUACAAAGAGAUUAAGCAGAAACGCGUAUGAGCAGAAGCAGCAACAACCCACAAGUUUUGCCAAUCUAUUAUCGGGCCUAAAUGCUAGCAGUGAUAACGUAUGUGGUAAUUCGAGGGGUUCAUCGGUAAAGCCGCAUAAAGCAAUUGCAAAACGUGAUACUGAUACGGUACAAGCAGUAGAGACUUUAAUCAUAGACCAUUCUUCGAAUUCAAAUUCCGAGAUCGUAUUUAUGCCCUCCAAUUGUACGAAUUGCACCAAAACUGCAAAUGUUCCUCCGAUAAUCAUUGAUCUGCAAGACACAAAUUCCGUGGAGACCAAUGAACACCAUUUAGUUGUUGAUCCAAAAGUUAAUAGCAUAUCGUCUUCAUCCAAAUCUCGAAAAUCCAGGGUAAAUAAAAAACGUCGAGAGGCAACCAAUUCCAUUGAAUUCGACGUGGCUUCUCUUGACAACGAUUGUGUGAGCAAACCUUUCAUUGGAGAGACAAAGUCGUGUUCAGUGUGUCCUAUAUCCAGCAUCUCUGAAAUUCUUUCGCUUUCAAAUAGUUCCAUAAGUUCAGUAUUUCCUAUGGAAAAAAUAAUGGUUAAUGCGAAUUGUUCAGUGUCCAUGACGAAUAAUCAAUCACAAGUUGUGGACAAAGUGCCUAAGUCAGAUUUGACAUUUGCCGGCAAAUUCAAACAGGCUUCAGGACAGCCCACGUGUGACCGUGUUUCAGAAUACAAAUGUAACCGUGACGUUAUUAUUGAUGGCGUGAGCUCUACCGCCAGCAACAACAACCAAAGCUCUUCACCUAACGUACUGGAUGUGAAGAUAUCACCAAAAACAUCAACUAAGUUUACACACUUUGGCGGUGUGGGAAUUAACUCAAAUGAUAGCACCUCAAACAGUCGUAUUUCACAGUUUGAAUUGGGUAAAGCUGAAAAAUUUCCGCAUGUUUUUUACAACACAAGUCAAAACAAUGACGACACAAUUGUUCAAAAGCAACAAGGUACAUAUAAACAUGAGAAUUACACCCCGUCUACUUACUUAAAAGAUUCGAUUGUGCCCAUACUUGAAAUGAAACAAGCAGUGUCACGUAUAUGUACUACAGAUGAGGUAAAGGUGCCAAAGAAACGUGGGCGUAAGAAGGGUUCUAAAGGGAUUGAUUCCAUUAUUGCAAAGGAAGUCAGCUUAUCAUCCGAAAUGCUAAUAUCAUCGUUGGGUAUUGGAGUUAAAAAGGUGAAAACAACAAAAGAGCUUUAUGCUGAAAUAAAAAGUCGUAAAUUAGUUGCAGAAGCAUCUGAGCUUGCAGAAGUAGUAAUAUCGCCCUCCACUAGCAUAAGCUCGCAACUACAGAGUCAACAACAAGCAUUUUCAGGGCCCGAAUCGUCUUGUUCAGAGCCUUCACUACAUUCACCGCGUACCUUAGAUGCCUGCUCAACAAAUGCUACCAUGUCUACCGUCGCCACGCGCUCUACACCCGACAAAUCAAUUGCGGAAACUCAUCCAGAUGAUAGCUUUACGCUGACAGAUGAUAGUAUACUGGCUUCAAAGAUGGUAUCGAUAACUCCACGGGAAAAUCAUACGCAAGACGCAAAUAGUAAUUCCUGCUCUGACAUAAAAUCAGAGUCAUUAGAAAACGCCUGUAGCGUUGCUGUAACAACAGUGAACUCAAUUUCAGCGAUAAGAGCUCAGAUUUGUGAGCUGACUAAAAAAUUUGUUCCCGUUUCGCUGAUUAAAUUUACGGAAGACAGCUUACCAUGUACUUGCACGACUGUCGAGAUAACGCCCGAGAAAUUCAGAGAUGUCGACAAAUUCAAGAAAGUUGACGAAGAUUCAACCAACAUUAAUCAAACGAAUUCCAACAUAACCGUUGCUUUGGAACAAUGUCAAAUGCCGGUAGCAGCGGCUGCUGAUGAACUUAUAGCCUCAAAAGUUGUUCAACACGAUAUAAUUGCAAAUUCGCAGUUAUCAUCAAGUUUAACUUCAUGCCUCACGCCAAGACUAAAGCAUAAGAAAUCGAUAUUUGAUUUCGAUUUUGAUGAUAAUGAAGAAGACCCUUUGCAUACAAUAAUCGCGGAUUUGGCUGCUAACAAGAAAAAUGGGUCUGCUUGCAGCGGAGACGAAGAGAGAUCGAAUGAAGCGUGCAAUAAACGAAGUUUAGUUGAAAAAGAAAUCGGGAAGGAAAUAUUAAUUAGUAGGUUUACCUCCCAAAGGCAGCAACCAAAUCAACACGUUUUAUCACCUACUCGUCAUCCUAACAUACCCAUUUAUCAAACACAGGAGGAUCCGAAAUGCAAAGCAAAAUAUCGAUUUGAAAUUGAAACCCAACAAAUCACUGGAUUUCACAUUAAAGCAUUACAUAAUACUUUCAUAGAGCACGUUAACGGCAAUUGGAAUCAUUCAUGCGAGCUGAAAAAUGUGAUCGUAGAAACUGAUUAUUUAGAUAAGAAGAAAAUGGUUGACGGCUAUAACGUGGUCCCUCGAUAUGGGUCCCUUAUAAAAGAACGCAUUCUUAAAGAUCUCACUGCUGUACUUUUUACAAGUAAUUACAAACGUAAAAGGAAUUCAUUGUUAAUAGAAAAAUUAAAGAACUUGCCAUUCCUUGGUGUGGCGAGAACAACUUUGGUAGGAAACUCUAUACAGAGAAAUAACACGGAAACUCGAAGUACCUUGUCGAUGGUUGAUGAAGAAAAUCAGCAGUUAGAAAAAAGUGAAAUAUCAACUUCUGCUAAUUAUGAAGGGAGCGCUGACCCUGUAACAAAAGACGACAUUAAUCUAUUUGUCAAUGUGUCUGAUUCUUCACAGACCACUCCUAUACGUACUGGUAACUAUUUUAGCGAUCAGACGACAACUGCACCUCUUUUAGUUUUAGCAGCACCACAUUUAAAUCGAAAGCAUAUUGAAAGCGAUGAUAAUAGUGUAAGUUGUUUAAGGAGGCGACGAAAAAGUGAGGGCAAUGCUUCUAGUGAUAAUGAAACAAAACUAAUUAAUGAGCCAAAAUACUACGACAAGGAAAAUACUCGUUGUGAGCAAGAUAAGGAAGGUUUUUGGAAAAGCAAAUAUAGGAAGCGUAAAAUAAUGGAAAAAAGGACUCUAAGUAAGCAUGGAUGUCGUCGGACUAUUAAGAGAUUGAAAACUGCCGCUAACAGUGAUAUAGCUACGCACAAGCAAGUAGCGUUAAGCAAUACCAACAUCAAUAGCACAGAUGAAGAAGAAGAUCUAUCUGAAAUCGAUAGCCACUUUAUUAACGAAAAUUCUGCUGUAGUAGAAACUAAUGACGAUGAAGAUGAAGACGAUAAAAUGGACAACUGCAUUUCUGAAAAACGUAAUCUAGCAGCCUAUGAUGAGGGAAGCAAUGAGUGCGGUGGUGAUUUUCAUGAAGUAAUAGCUCGUUCAUCUAAUUCUACCUCAAUAGUGCUUACUAUAAAGAAGACUCCUAGCAAAAGUAAGUUCCGUACAAACCCAUACGCCAAUUCAUCGGAAGCUUUCGUAAAUAUUGGGAAAAAUAUGUACACUCAAGACAGAUAUAUAGAACCAAGGGGAAACCCCGCAUUAGCAGCUAGCUUAAUUACAGCCGAAGAAAGCCAAGUUCAGCAAGAGAAAACAGGUUGCAAGUUAACUUCCAAAUUUCAAAGACGGGACGAUGUUAAAACCCUAGGGACGCAAAUUUCAAUAAGAGGGAGCUUAGAAAAAAAAAUGGGUUCUUCUAAAGGGAAUUUACAUAAUCAGUUGUUUUUUUCGGAAGAACUUGGCGCUUCAAUAUUAGACGAUGUCACUGAUUUUAGUAGCGAAGAGGAAGUUGGCAGUGCGCAUCUAGAGAAUGAGAAAAGUGGCUGCUACAAAAAAUUGGUUGAAGCGCAUGAAGAAGUAAGCCGUAUUAAACUUUCUUGUGAAUUUAAUACAAAACAGUUGCAAACUUCCAUAUCUCCGUCUGAAUCAGAAUAUUUAACCGGCAGUUCAAAUACUUCAAUAAACGUUUGUCACCGUGAUUGUGAUGAUAAUGGAAAUUGUGACAAACAUAUUGGCGACGACGAUUUGCCAUUGGAAAAUAAUAAUCUUCUUUCGUCAUUCAAUAAUAUUUAUUAUUUUUCAAGUCAAGAAAAGCUGGGGCAUGAAAGUAAUCAAGAAACUCUUUCUCCAUCUCUGCAACAUCAUAAUAAAUUAAUGAUUGAACAAAUCCCAAAUGCAAUUUGCGAUGUCUAUAGUGUAUACACAACUAAUAAUCAUAGUGGUAAAUAUAUUAAUUUGAAGGGCUUAGUUGAUAAAAGCGCGUGUGCGAAAAAAAACUUAGAUCCUACUGAUGAUAUUAAUAACGACAGUGGCAGUGGUGGUAGUAAUACUUGGGAUGAAGAUGAGAGGCAACUUCGUCAGCAGGUCAAAUCAAAGACAAAACAGGUUGAUCAAUCUAAAUUUGCCGUUCCAUACGAGGAAUAUCGUAUUGGCGUACGGGCAUUCGAUAAGGACACACCUCAGCAUGGAAACUCUAGCCGCCUACAACAGUUUAAAGAAUGGCACGAAGUCUUACAAUUGCAUUCUUACAACGAUGAACUGUUAACGGUGUUACCCUAUGUAGUCUUAGAAUAAAAAUUACCUGUUAAAAUAUAAUUCUUGGAAUUCGCCUUUAUUGUAAUUUCUGUCUGCUGUUUGCUUAAAUAAUUUUAAUAUAAAGAUUGCUUUCGAAAAGAAUGACUGUGUUAUUUACAUGUUUCUUUUUGCUUGCUAUGCUUUAAAAAUUGAUAA